AUGGAUGACGUCAACAAGACGUUUCUCAUCAUGGCGGCGGAAGGCGGCGACGAGCUGAGCGGCAACGGGGAGCUCGAGGAGUCUCCAGCCAUGGAGGCCUCUGAGGUUCCCGCGUCGCCUCCCUUUGAGAUGGCUGAGAUGUCAGAAGAGAACGGCAGUGCCACUGUGGCCCCUGAGGCUCCCGUGGAGCUCGACCCUUCUUCCUUCUCCAUGCCUCUGGCUGGGGAGGAUGAGGAGGGAGAACUGCCUGCUGACUUCGAGCGUCUGUGGAAAGUCACCCAGGACAAUCCUCAUGACUUCACCAACUGGACCGACCUGCUGCAAUACUGUGAGCAAGAGAGUCACAUGACCGCGUCACGCAGAGCGCUGGUGUCCUUCCUCGCUUGCUACCCGCUCUGUUACGGCUACUGGAAGAAAUACACGGAUCUGGAGCGCCGGGCAGGCUACAACAGCAAAGCAGAGGAGGUGUGUAUUCAGGGUCUUCAGGCAAUCCCUCUGAGUGUAGAUCUGUGGAUCCACUACAUCAAUCUGUUGCUGGGAACACUGGACAUGAACCUGGCCGAGUCACCAAUGCGGAUUCGCAGUGUUUUUGAGGAAGCGGUUGUGGCAGCAGGUCUGGACUUCCACUCAGACCGGCUUUGGGAUCUGUAUGUUGAGUGGGAGAAGGAGCAGGGGAACAUGAAGAACGCAGCAGCCAUCCUGGACAGAGUCCUCAAAGUCCCCACCCAGCUCUACAACACGCACUACGACAAGUUCAAGGAGCACCUGAACAGCCAUGAGCCCAAAGAGGUGCUUUCCCCGGAGGAGUACGAUGAGCUGCGGACGUUGUGCCGUCAGAGUCAGAAGGCCGAGCGCGCUGAGCAAGCCCAGGAGGAGGAGGCAGAGAGGCCGCCGGGGGAGGAGGAGCCGGCCACACCUGAGGGCACAGACACAGAGGAGCUGAUACAGAAGAUCAGGGAAGAAGUGCUGGUUCGCAGGGACAAAGUCUACCAGGACAACGAAGGAGAAGUUCGUCUGCGAUGGAACUUUGAAGAUGCUAUCAAGCGGCCGUACUUCCACGUCAAGUCACUUGACCGUCAUCAGCUGCGAGCCUGGCACUCGUACCUGGACUGGGAGAUCGCUCAGCUGAACAAGGACACCAAAGACCCCGACCCAGAUCCAAGUCAGGCAGCCACAGAGGGGUCAGAGGUCACUGCUCAGCCUCAUGAAGUGUCAGAGGAAGCUGCAGUCGCCCACGAUGACCACAGGGUUCGCAUCCUGUCCGAGCGGUGUCUGAUCGCCUGUGCUCUGUAUGAGGAGUUCUGGAUGAGGUACAUUCAGUACCUGGAGCCUCAGAGUGUUGACGAAGCUCGAGCUGUAUUCAAACGAGCCUGUGAGGUUCACCUGACGCACAAACCCAACAUCCACAUGCAGUGGGCCACCUUCGAGGAGAGGCACGGUGAUUUAACCGAGGCUCGGCGAGUGCUGGAGGACCUGGAGAAAAAUCUGCCGGGGUUGGCGGUGGUCUGUCUCCGCCGGGCUGCUCUGGAGAGACGAGCAGGCAACCUGGACAAAUCUGAAGCCUUGCUGCAGGAGGCGGUGGCUGGAUCCAGAGAGAAGCCCACGUUGCACGCUUUCUACUCCAUCAAGCUGGCUCGCCUGCUACUGAAACUGGGCAGGAACCCCAGCAAAGCCCGCAGAGUUUUACAGGAGGCGCUGGAGAUUAGUCCGGAUAAUGAUAAGCUGCACUUGAACCUGUUGGAGCUGGAGGUGUCCGGGGACCCCUGGGCCUCGGCGGAGGCGGUGCAGGAGUGUGUGACACGAGCUCUUGCAGCUCCCCUCGCCUCACACACCAAGAUCCUCUUCUCACAGAGAGGUCUGCAGUUUGCAGAGGACUACAGCAACUCGAUUGAGAGUGUGCUGUCUGUCUUUGAGGAGCAUCAGAAACUGGUGCAGGAGCUCGGUGGAACAAAGAGAGGAGCAGAAAACGGGGAUGAGGAUUCAGAGAAACUUGAAAAAAGCGAGGACGACUCUGCUGUUUCCGCGUCCACACAACUCCCCCCUACCGUGCCGCACGUCCCAAUAACCACCCCCCCUCCUCCUGUCACCGACAUGACCGCACAGGCCGGCUACGGAGGAUACGGCAACUGGUACCAGCAAUCGCAGUACGGCAACUACGGUUAUCAGAACACCUGGAACUACAACCAGGGCUUCUACCCUCCCAGCUAAAGAGAACGACGACUGUGGCACCCCGAGCCCACAGGAAGCAGUUUGACCCAGGACGACUUCUCAGCUGAACAACAAACUGAAGCAAGCUUUCCUCUCCGUCCGUCCUCCGAGUUGUGGAUGUGUGAGAACAAGAGGCUGGAGUGGAGCUCUUUUUAGCAUGUCGUGUCAUUUCAGUGUUGAGUCUGAGGGACUGAUGGGAAGAUGAUGAAAGGAAACCGUGACAUUCAUCUUCAGUACAUCGAUGUCUCUGCAUUUUAAUCAGAACUAUUUUUGUAUUUGUUUGCAAGGCAGCCCCUUUGCUCGUGUUUUAAAGUUACCAAGUUUGUCCACAAUUCUUCAGGUGACGUAUGAUUGACAUUUUGUACCAUUCCACAAAAUAGGCUUUUUUUUUUUCCUAAUGUAUAUAAAGUUGUUUUAUAGUGUG